AAUGGAACCGGGCACCUUGAGGGGGCCGGGUGGGGUUGUGAUAAGGGAGGGAGAAUGACAGGAGGGUGAUAUUGAUCAAGAUGCAGUAUAUCCCUCCCCCCUUUUUUUUAAACAACUUCUUAAAGAUAAUUUUUAAAAAGGGGAAAGUUGCAGUUAAGCUUGAAGCUACUGCGACAUUAGGCUUUCACAAACAGAGCCGUGUGCUCUGGUCCCUUUUACAUAAUCCUCAUCCUGGCGUUAUUAACAGGCGUGCAGGGCAGGCAGCCACUUCCUCUCGCUGGGGCACAAAGGGGGCAUUUAAAGGUGUCCUCUGCCCGCCUGGAAUUUCCAUGGAGAAUGGGAGGACGCAGAGGCUCCAAUGCUCCAAGAGGGGGAAAAUGAAGCUUUGGAUGCUUGGCGUUUUUCUGUUUUUAUCUAAUUCUCCAGCCUGGACGAAAGAUAGGCACUACUACAUUGGAAUUGUGGAGACGACUUGGAACUAUGCCUCUGACAGCGGGGAGAGGACGCUUAUUUCGGUUGACAAAGAACAGUCUGAUAUCUAUCUUCAAAGUGGUCCAGACCGGAUCGGGAGCACAUACAAGAAGGCUCUUUACGUCCAGUACACAGAUGGACAUUUCAGGACCACUGUGGACAAGCCGAGCUGGCUGGGAUUCUUAGGCCCCAUCAUUAAGGCGGAAGUUGGAGACACAGUUUACGUACACCUAAAAAACUUUGCCUCCAGGCCUUACACAUUCCAUUCACACGGAGUAACUUACUAUAAGGAGCACGAGGGGGCCAUUUACCCUGACAACACCACCGGGACCUUACAGGCAGACGACAAAGUGCACCCAGGGGAGCAGUACACCUACGUGCUGCACACCAACAAGGAACAGAGCCCCGGGGAGGGGGAUGGGAGCUGUGUGACCAGGAUCUACCACUCCCACAUCGACGCCCCGAGAGACAUCGCCUCAGGACUCAUUGGGCCGCUGAUCCUCUGUAAAGCAGGUUCUCUUCAUAAGGAAAAGGAAAAAAACAUUGACCAAGAAUUUGUGGUCAUGUUUUCGGUGGUGGACGAGAAUCUCAGCUGGUACUUAGAAGACAACAUUAAAACCUACUGCUCAGAACCAGAGAAAGUGGACACGGACAGCGAGGAAUUCCAGGAGAGCAACAGGAUGUAUUGUAAGACUGCAGAAGACAUGUUAACACCAGAUUUUCCUGGGUCAAUUAAUGUUUCUUUCCUUGCAUGAAUUAGUACUGUGUUUCUAGACUGGGACUGAUAACAGGGCAUCCAGGGCCUCACUGUCCUUCCCUGAAUUUCUUCUUUUCCUCCUUCGUAUCUCUUUGAGUUUUAUUUC